AUGCCCGCCAAUGGGACAAUGCCCGCCAAUGGGACAAUGCCCGCCAAUGGGAAUCCCAAUCCCAAAUCCAAUGCCCGGAAGGAGACACUAUACUCAAGAAGAGAAAUCGAGGGUUUCAUUGCAGACGGGAGGAAGAUCAUUAUACUCGACCAAAAGGUUAUCAAGGUCGAUGCCUGGAUAGACUACCACCCAGGCGGCCAUCUGGCCAUCCUCCACAUGGUUGGACGAGAUGCCACGGAUGAGGUUAACUCCGUCCACUCGGCGGAAACCCGGGCUUCGAUGUCCCGGUACCAGAUUGGUAGAAUUGAAGGCCGAUGGGAGAACUUCCUGCCACCAUACCAAGGAGGGAAAUUUCGACCCUAUAUCGAAUCCGCAAGUGAUAGGCCAGAUGCCGAUGACCAGGUUGAAUCGAGCGAUAUCUCGCGUGCGCCCUCGCCACUAUUUGAUACCGAGAAGACGGCAACUCUUCGCCGAAGGAAUGCAGAUAUGCAGCGGUCCCUCUCGGUCUCUUCGACAUCGUCGGUUGAAGAGAGCGAGAGCAGCAGUGGCAUGGCGUACCUGGAUGAUAUAACAAAGAAACUUUUGGACAUUGACAAUGCGAGCUAUCCAUCUCUGGAUGGUGCCACGCAAGACGAGAUUGUUCGCAAGUACCGGAUUCUGGGACAGCGCAUUCACGAUGAGGGCCUAUUUAACUGCAACUAUGCGAUGUACCUCAUCGAAGCCCUACGAUGGACCUUUUUGUUCAGUAUGAUGCUUGUGUGCUUAAAGUAUGGCUGGUACGUUUCCAGCGCAGUGUUUUUGGGGGCUUUCUGGCACCAGCUUCUCUUCGCUGCGCACGACUCCGGCCACAUGGCUGUGACACACAACUUCAAGUUCGAUACCACCAUGGGCAUCAUCAUAGUUGAUUUUCUGGGCGGUCUCUCGCUCGGUUGGUGGAAACGGACGCACAAUGUUCACCACAUUGUGACGAAUCACCCAGAACACGACCCGGACAAUCAGCACAUGCCGAUAUUUGCGAUCUCACACAGAUUUCUGGAGUCCUUGUGGUCCACCUACCAUCAAACUACCAUGGCUUUUGAUACUUUCGCGAAGUUCAUGGUGCCAUACCAAGCAUACCUAUACUAUCCGAUCCUCUGCCUUGGCCGCUUUAACCUGUAUGUUCAGUCGUGGAAGUUCCUUAUACUAGGGCAAGGCCCAGUGAAGGGGCCUGCAUGGUGGACAAGAUGGCUGGAGUGUGUCGGGCAAGUAUUCUUCUGGUACUGGUUUGGCUAUCUUAUCCUAUACAAGUCGAUCCCCACUGGUUGGGAUCGCUUCGUGUUCCUGAUGGUCAGCCACAUUGUAACGAUGCCGCUUCAUGUCCAAAUUACCCUUUCACACUUUGCCAUGAGCACCAUGGACCACGGACCACGGGAAUCCUUCCCCCAAAAGAUGCUGCGCACGACGAUGGAUGUUGACUGCCCGCAAUGGCUCGAUUUCUUCCAUGGAGGGCUGCAGUUCCAGGCAAUCCAUCAUCUCUAUCCACGCAUACCUCGACACAACCUUCGGGCAACUCAGAAGUUAGUCCAGGAAUUUUGCAACGAUGCUGGGAUUCCGUAUGCACUGCUGGGCUUUGUGGACGGGAAUAAAACUGUCAUCAGCAAACUGGAUGAGGUCGGCAGGCAAGCCGCCAUUCUGACAAAAUGCCAGAGGACGAUUGCUGAAAGGGGAGACGUCCUUCACUCUCAUUAGGGGCUCCAUGGAUGGGCUUUCUUGACCGGCAAUCAUUUGAUUUUGAACUGUUAAUUUAGAUACGAAAGCAUAUACAGGUUUGAGGUGAAUAGUACUCUAUUUAGCUAGCCAUAGACGUCCAUGAGGCUAGGUCUUCUGGCGGAAUGGAUGCGGACAGUGGCACGAAUUAACGAUGAUUUCUAUGAGCUAUGAGUGCACAAUAACUACAGUAUUUGAUUAUGCG